UUUGACUAUUAAGAUUAACGAGAAUCAGAUUCAACUAUACUUGUGUCACUCUUACAACCUCUAAUUUUGUUCCUUUCUGUUCCUACAAAAACCACUAAGGAUCAAAAUCACCUUUUUUCUCAAUCUAAACACGUGAGUUGAUAGUUUAGUGAACGAAUAAAUGGACCUAACUGGAAUGUGAAUGUGACUUUUACACUUAACAAACAAGUUUCAUAUUUCUGUCAUGGCGGCCAUGGAAGGAAGAAUCUGUGAGGAAUUAACUCCAAGGUAUUAUGCCCUUUGUGCCAUUGGUGGAAUGCUAAGUGCUGGUACCACUCACCUUGCUACCACUCCUCUUGAUGUUUUGAAAGUUAAUAUGCAGGUAUACCCUAUUAAGUAUUACAGUAUUUCCACUUGCUUUACUACCUUAUUAAGGGAACAAGGGCCUUCUGUCCUUUGGAGAGGUUGGACAGGCAAGUUCUUUGGCUAUGGUGCUCAAGGAGGAUGCAGAUUCGGUCUCUACGAAUAUUUCAAGGGGGUUUACUCAAAUGUAUUGGUAGAUCAGAACAGGAGUCUUGUGUUCUUUCUUAGUAGUGCAUCUGCUGAAGUGUUUGCCAAUUUAGCUCUAUGUCCAUUUGAAGCUGUUAAAGUCAGGGUUCAAGCACAACCUAGUUUUGCUAAGGGCUUGAUUGAUGGCUUUCCAAAGUUAUAUGCAACAGAAGGCGCACGAGGAUUCUACCGUGGACUUGUUCCACUUUUGGGUCGAAACCUUCCAUUUUCCAUGGUUAUGUUCUCAACGUUCGAGCAUACUGUUGAUUUCUUGUAUAGUAAUGUUGUCAAAAGAAAAAAGGAGGAAUGUUCAAAAGCUCAACAACUUGGUGUGACAUGUUUAGCCGGAUAUACCGCUGGAUCUGUUGGUAGCUUUAUUUCUAAUCCUGCUGACAAUAUAGUAGCUUCUCUUUAUAACAGAAAGGCCGAUACUCUCGCUCUGGCUAUCAGAAAAAUUGGUCUAGUCAAUCUAUUUACCAGGAGCCUUCCUAUUAGAAUGUUGCUCGUUGGUCCAUCAAUAACUUUGCAAUGGUUUUUCUAUGACACUAUCAAAGUUUUAUUUGGAUUGCCAACUAGUGGUGAAGUUGCAGCUGACUUGGGAAGAGAUAAGCCAGGCUAGAUUCAGAGAAAUAGAAUUCUGCAGUCACAGUUUCUUGCUGACCGUGUAUGAUUGCAAGUCAUUUUAUUGUAUACACAGGAAUAGUGUGCAGAAGUUUUUUUUUCUGACACAAUUUUUUGUCUUCUUAAAUUUGUCAUAAUAGCAUUUCAUUAAGCUGGUAGAAUAUGGUUCUGAAAACUCAAAAACACUUGGAUGAACCUCUUCGAUCUUAACUAGUUGUCUCGAGUUCAAGUCUGAUUCUUGAGAGUGCAACAAUCAAUGUCAAACUCUAGAGGUAGAGUUUCGCUAUCCAUGUGGUCCUAUCUGACUUGAGAGAUUACUCUUCGUAGUUGUGAAUGAAACCAUUGGUGUUUUGAACAUCUACUAGCUGUAGUAUACUAAGAGUUACAGAAAGAACAAAAAACUAUAAGACUUAUUAGCAAUACUUGUGCUGGCAAGUUACCAUUUUUGGUUUUGGCCAUGUUUCUUGGUAUGCUCUACUCAUUUUUAUCCUAUCUUGAAUUUUGUUAUCUACA